AUGACUUCGACACCUCGACGAACUUCUGGUGAAAUCAGAAACCUUCAUACGCAAACAGGCGCUUUUCUCUUCGAAUUUGAAGAAAGAAGUUGGUCUGAUCCGAUGAAAGGUCAUGCUGAGAAUCCGCUGUGUACUCCACUCUUAUUGGAACCAAAAUCCGUUGCACUCAACAAGAACCGCCAGGCAUGGAGGACAAUGGAGAGAAAAGGAUUUAAAGUGACAAAAGAUGUUGGAUGUCUACUGCCUCACUUACAAUAUGGUAAAAGUAUCACUGAGAGUGGUGCGAAAAUGAAUGGAUGUGGAUAUAAGACUUCAAUGGGUUUCUUCACUGGAUUAAUUGGUAACCAUCCGAGUGCGCCUGAGCGUGACACGGAUGGGCGGCCUAUAAGUCUUGAAGUUUCUCAUUUAUGCCACAGAAGUUCAUGCAUCAAUCCGAUGCAUCUAGUAGCUGAGCCGAAAUGGUGUAACUUAAAGCGCAAUUACUGUGGUAAAAACAGUGGUUGCAAUUGUGGAAACACCAUUAAGUGCCUCAGGAUGUAUCAGACGAGUCAUACUCUAGAAAAAACAUCAUUGUGUACUACGAAAAAAGAAGUUCUCGAAACUCUGAAGGAGCUUAAAGGUGUUCAUCCCUUCAAAAUACUCGCUAAAAACGCGUACGAUGAAAGGGAUCAAAAAGCAAUACAGAAGCGACAAACAAAGGCGAAAAAUCAGAAGAAGCGUAAGCGACAAGCUGAUAAACAAGCCCAUGCAGCUGGUAAGAAGGCUGCGAAAAAAGCAGUUAAUGAUCAAGCUGCGAAAAAAGCUUACGAGGACGCUGUAAUGAAGCAUCUUUCUCCUGAACACGUGUAA